UAAUCAAAUCAUUCAACAACUUUUCGGCAUUUAAUACACAUCAAAAUUGUAAUACAAAUAUUUUCUUCAAAAUAACAGGAGCCUGCUUGAACACACCACCUCAACAACAUGUGUGAACCCUGUUGCGGCUGCUGCGGAUCCUAUGGUUGCCCGACUGGCCCUUGUGGCCCCUGUGGUCCAUGUGGUCCAUGCCGGCCUGGUGGGCCUUGUCAACCUUGCGGGCCAUGUGGCCCGUGCGGACCGCCGUCUUGUGGUCCAUGUGGCCCUUGCGGUCCGCCGUGUUGUAGUCCAUGCGGUCCUUGCAUCUCACGCGGUCCGUGCGGACCAUGUGGUACUUGUGGACCUUGCUGCAGUCCGCUUCCCUGCUGUCCAUUCGGCUGCCCAUGCUCCAAGUGCCCAAAUCCAUGCCGAUAUCUAAAGCCCAGAUACUGAGGCAACGCGCAUUGCGGGUAUGGGAAAUGUGUGCGACACAAAUGUUGAACAAUGGGAAAAUGUAACAUUUGAGGUGAAACUGGAAUUUCAAAUGCGCAACUACGGGAAACUGCUGGCGAACUAUGACAAUUGAGUUGAAUUAGUGCAUCCCUGAAGAUUGUGGGAGGACUUCGUGUUUUGCCAUGCCUCCUAUUGUUCAUUUGAUAUUUUGUAUGAAGAAAGUUUUGACUGUUAUUUUUUAAAUAUAUAUACAUACAUAUAUUUUUUAAGAAAA